AUGCCUUUGGAAGUCAUCAUCGUUGGGGCAGGUAUUGCCGGCCUCACCGCAGCAGUAUCUCUAUGUGAAGCCGGGCAUUCCGUUAGAAUCUUUGAAAAGUCCAAGUUCGCAGCAGAAAUUGGUGCUGCGGUAGUGCUAAGCCCUAAUGCUGUUAGAGUCCUCUCUACAUUCGGUUUUUCGUGUGAUAGAGCCCAAGCCCGUCAAUUACAGUUGUGGGAAACAGUUGAUGGAACGACUCUCAACCUUCUUGGAAAAGUUGAUCACAGAGAAGCUGAACAAAAGUAUGGUGCACCGCUUUACGCAAUACAUCGAGUUGACCUACACAAUGAGCUCUUGCUGUUAAUAAGCCAGGAAUCCAAGAAGCCAGCUACUAUCUAUCUACGUUCCAAAGUAGUGGAUGCUGACCCGGAGAAGGGCAUGAUUCAGCUUGAGGAUGGGACUAAGCAUUAUGCCGAUUUGAUUGUGGCUGCGGAUGGAUUACGUUCGGUUCUCAGGAAAGCUGUGUUUAGGGGGGAAGAUGUUAAUGCAAAACCAACUGGCCUUAGCGCUUUUAGAUUCUUGAUACCAACUCCAGAACUAGAGAGCCAUAGCAGCCUUGCUGACUUACGGCAAUGGAAGCAGCCUGGGGUCACAAUUAUAGCUGACACAACCGAUACUGUAAACGAAAGACACAUGGUCUGGUAUGAUUGCCGCAGUGGAGAAGUUCAGAACUUGGUGGGAAUUCACCCAACAAGAACCAUUCCUGGCAAUGGUGACAAUCUAGAAGAUAUCAAAGCAUCCAUGCUUGAGGAGUUUGCUCAUUUUCACCCCGAUCUCCUUGAGUUAAUCAAAAUUGCCCCGGACAUUACAUAUUGGCCACUAUCAAUUCAUGACCCUCUUCCUCGGUGGUCUUAUGGCCGAGUUGUUUUGAUUGGUGACGCCGCUCAUCCAAUGCUACCAUUCGGUGGUCAGGGAUCGAAUCAAGCAAUAGAAGACGGUGGUGCGCUAGGAUAUCUACUACGCGACGUGGACAACCAUUCAGAUAUUCCAGAUAGACUGGCUUUAUUCGAGCAAGUUCGCCGCAAAAGAGCUUCAAGAGUACAGAUACUAUCGAAGGCUAGAGUUGGACAGGAAAGGACCGUUGAAGAGGAGCUCAAAAACUAUGCCGAUCCACCUGGUUCUGUGGUUCCUACAUCCCAUGCAGAGCGCACAAUGCAUGAUUUUGGGUUUGACCUGAUUGGAAAAUGCAACGAGGUUCUCGCACAGCCAAUUGCCAGCGCUUAA